AUGAAGCAAACCUCUGGAUCCCAUACCGAAUUUCGGUUCUUAAUUUUGUAAAUAAUUAACAAAAAGUGUAAUAAUUAAUAAUCUAUUUUUAAUGUAUUUGUGAAUUACCGCAUUUUCUGGUUCAGUUUUAAUUUGUUUCUUAUUAAAUUUAAAGCAUUAACAGAUAUGUUCCAUUGUUUGUGUGUAGUAUUAUGUGAACAUGUGAUUUGUACAAAGAUAUAAUUUUAUGAUUUUAAAAUUAAUUAAAGUAGUACAAUACGAACGAUCAAACAACAAUGUCGGACCCUACUAUUCAAACAUUUUGCUGUCACCAAACAGGAAAUAGAGAAGAUAUGGCUGUAAGAAUUAUGAGUGAAUUUAAUACAGACUCAUAUAAUAUUUUGUGUCUUGUAUCAUCUACCAUUGGAAUUUUAGGUGCUUUGUAUCAGAAUCACAGAGAUGGCAACCAGCAACAUCAACAAGAGGGCGGCAUAUCAUCAUAUGGUUGGCUAUAGCAGAUUUGCUGGCCUCUUUAGGUGUUCUGGUUCGUUCCUCUUUGUGGUUGAGAUAUAAAAAUAUAAUGCCAAUGCCUGAAGAUGACAUAAGCGUGUUGUUUUGCAGCAUAACAUCUGCCUGGACACAGUAUUUUUACACAGUAACUUGGUUUUGGACAUUGUUCUAUGCCAUAGACACUUGGAGCUCGAUCAAAGGUCAUGACUCUCAUCCAUUUUUAUAUCAUUCGAUAGCUUGGGGUGUGCCUGCUGCCACAACAAGUAUAGGAUUAUCCAUUCUCUAUAUCCCAAAUGCUACCUGCCAUAAUUUAUCAUCACUUUCCAGUGCUUUAUACAAAAUAUUGCCUAAUUAUUGUGCCACAUACUUGCCCAUUGCAAUGGUUAUGAUAGUAAAUCCAGUAAUGUAUGCACUUGCCAGUAAGAAUGUGGAAAUGGCAGUUGCAAUGCCAUUGGCUCAGUUCACAAGUAAGGAACGAAGAGUUGUUGAUGCAUUAAGACUGAAAUUUUUAUUCAUCAAUGUUGUCUUCUAUAUUUGUUGGUUACCAAAUCUUAUAAAUGGUAUACUUUUAUGGACAAUGUGGUUCAAUAUGCCCGUAAAUGUUAUUAUUGCCAUAUGGUACAUUAUGGCUCUGAUGAACCCAAUGCAAGCACUAUUAAAUGCAUUUGUUUACCGGAAAUGGAACUUCCAUAAUCGUAGCCUAGUCCAAAGUGUAUUUGGACAAUCCAAUAAAGAUUUCAAUUUUUACGACGAGCUGUCGCCACUCUUGGGAUCUGAACCACCGAGAUUGCAAUUAUCUUCGAUUCCGCCUAGUAUUAAUAACCAUGCUACAUUAUGAAGCAAUGUGUGUAUCCAUUUAUUGCAUUAUGUGAACAAAUUAUGAUGCAUGUGGACAUCAUAUUAUUAUUAGGUUUAAGUUAUCUCCAAUGUUGAACAUUCAAAGCUUGACAUAAAAUCUGCUGGCAGAGACUAAAUGG